AUGGGAAAAGGUCCAUUCUCGUUUCGCCGUCCUUCGAGCCUCCGUCACCGGAAAAAGUCUGCCGCACCGGGGAAGGAGGGAUCAGGGACUCCAUCUCCGGUCAUUGUUCCGUCUUCGCCACCGCCUCCCCCGCCUAUUAAUUCGGCGGCGGCGGGAGGAGCGGGGAAGGCGAAGAAGAAGGCCGGCGGAGCGAGGCUGUGGAUGAGGUUCGAUCGGACGGGGGGGAUGGAGGUGGUGGAAUGCGAUAAGAGCACCAUCAUCAAACGCGCUUCUGUUCCUGCUAGGGAUUUGAGGAUUCUCGGCCCUGUUUUCUCUCAUUCUUCCAAUAUUUUAGCUAGAGAAAAAGCUGUUGUGGUCAAUCUAGAGUUCAUAAAGGCCAUAGUCACCGCGGAAGAGGUACUGCUGUUGGAUCCUGUCCGGCCUGAAGUUCUCCCCUUUGUUGAUCGGUUAAAGCGACAGUUCCCUCAAAGGAGUGGAACCGAAAACGAGCAGCCUGUUUCUGCGAUUGUGCAAUCUCCGCAUGACCCAGAAGCUGCCGAAGGCUUGCAGAGUGAGCUCCCGUUCGAAUUUCAAGUUCUCGAGAUAGCACUUGAGGUCGUCUGCUCUUAUAUCGACAGCUGUGUGGUGGCCCUCGAGACAGAGGCAUGGCCAGUCCUCGAUGAACUAACCAAGAAUGUCAGUACCGAGAAUCUUGAAUACGUUCGAAGCCUGAAAAGUAAUCUCACCCGCUUGCUAGCUCGUGUACAAAAGGUGAGAGAUGAAAUCGAACAUCUAUUAGAUGAUAACGAAGACAUGGCAGAUUUGUACUUAACAAGGAAAUGGAUCCAGAGUCAGCAGGCCGAGGCAACACUCGCGGGCGUAACAUCAUCAAAUAACAUUGUCCCGUAUGCAUCAAAUCUUCACCAGCUCGCAUCAACAAGAAGCGGAAGUUUGUUAACGAGCAACAACGAAGGGGAUGAUGAUGUAGAGGAUUUGGAAAUGCUUCUCGAGGCGUACUUCAUGCAGCUAGAGGGAAUGCGUAACAAGAUUCUCACGGUGCGGGAAUACAUCGACGACACGGAGGACUACGUGAACAUACAGCUUGAUAACCAGCGGAAUGAGCUGAUCCAGCUUCAGCUGACGCUGACGAUAGCGUCGUUCGCGAUAGCGCUAGAGACGUUGGUAGCUAGCCUCUUCGGUAUGAACAUUCACUGCCCAUUGUACGACACGCACGGCGUUUUCGGAUACUUCGUGUGGAGUGUCACGGCUUUUUGCAUUGUGGUUUUCGUCGUCGUCUUUGGUUACGCUCGGUGGAAGAAACUGCUUGGCUCCUAAUGCAAAACACUCAUGUAAGCCUCUCUCUCUGUGUUGUACUAUACGUGAUCCGUAGGAUCCAUUCCAUUGUGUUUUGUCUUUGCUUAGUUUUAAAAUUCCAUCUAAUAAUACGUGGGAAAAAGUGUCCGAUAUGAAAUCCGCUCGCGAGUUGAGAUUAA